UCACUCAAUUUCAUAACGGCGUCACUCAAUGGCCGCGUAUCGACCGAGUAAUAAUUAUUAACAAUUACAUUAAAUCCAAUUCACAUCUUACACAUAAUUGAUGUUAAUUACAAACAAGGAUUUUUGUAUUACCUACCUAAAUUAAUUAAUCAUGGAGAUUGAAGAACUCCAAGCAAUAUUGGAGGAAAAAGAUGCUGGUGGUGGUGAUGGUGUUGUUCAUGGAGAAAAAGAAGAAAUAAAAUAUACAACUGAAGAAUUUGAAGAGGAAAUUGAAGAAGAAAUUGAAAUAAUUGAAGAAGAAAUUGAAGUUGAUGAGGGUGAAGAAUAUGCUGAAGGUGAAUAUGUUGAGGAUGAUGGUGAAACAGAGUAUGUUACUGAAAUACUUGAAGAAGAAAAAGAAGAAUUGGCUGAAGGAAAUGAACAAAGUAUUGAGGCAAUGGUUGAAUCAAUGGAUUCACUUGGAGAACAAGAAACUGAUGUUAAACAACAUGAUGAACAAUUAAAUGGUGAUAAUGCAAAUAGUUAUGAUGCUGUUGUUACUUAUCAAGAAUGGCAAGAGGAUGAAAAUAAUGAUCCUCUUGGAGAACAACAACAACAACAAUCAAUUAAACAAAUUAAAAAUGAAAUAAUAAGUAAUGGUUCAUCAACAAAAUUAUAUCGUUCUAAAAAAUCUAAAAAUACAGUUCAAUAUGAGCAACAAAUGCAAAUACCUCGUCAUGAUGAUGAAGAUGAUAUGGAUAAUAAUGUUGAUGGUGAAAUAAAUCAAACACUUGUUGAACAAGAUGAAUAUGAAGAUGAAAAUCCACAUGAAAUUGUUAAAAAUACAGAAAAUAAUUUGGUGUAUACUGUUCUUGGUACAAAUAAUAAAAAGAAAAAUGAUGAAGGUGCUAAUUUUAGAAUGGAAAAACUUGAUGAUGGUACAGUACCAAUUGAGGGAACAGUUUAUUAUGAGGGUGAUGAUAUGAGAACAUAUUAUGUUGCACAAACAUACAAUGAAAAUGAACAGUAUUUUGAUGAACAAGUACUUGAUACUGAUGAACAACAAGAUCAACAACAACAAGAUCAACAACAAUGGGAAGAGUCAACUGAUAAUAUUGUUACUGAUGAACUUGAACAAGAACAAUCAAAUGAAAAUCCCGAGCAAGUAUAUUUACUUCAGGAUGAACAAAAUAAUUUAUAUUUUGAAGAUGAAAAUGGUAAAAUGCGUUUAGUUUAUAUGACUGAAGAUGGUAAUUAUGAAUUUCAUACAAGUAGUGAUGAACAAGAAGCAACUGCUGAUGAACAAAUGGCAAUUCAAGAUUAUGAAAAUCAAAAUAAUCAAGUAUUACAAGAUGAUAAUAAUAUUGGUAAUGAUAUAGAUAAUGAAAAUGAUAAUAAUACAGUUGAAAUAUCAUUAAUAAUAUCUGAAGAUGAAAAUGGAUUAAAAAGAACACAAGUUAUAAUACCAACAAAUGAUAGUUUAAAAUGUGAAAUAUGCCAUAGAACAUUUAAAUCACAUACACAUUUAUUAAAACAUAGAAGAUUGAAACAUGCACGUGAAGAAGAUAUAACUGUACGUAAUUUUCCAUGUGAUUUAUGUGAUAAAAAAUUUCCAGAUCAAAAUUCAUUAGCAACACAUCGUAAAAUGCAUACUGGUGAUCGUCCAUUUUCAUGUUUAGAAUGUUAUAAAUUAUUUCCAACAAAAGAAAUAUUACGUCGUCAUAUGAUUGAUCAUAAUCCAAAUUCAAAACCAUUACCAUGUAUUUAUUGUGCACGUAGAUUUAUGGAUAAAGAUACACUUGAAAAACAUGAAAAAUCACAUCUUGCUGGUGAACCUAAAAAUUUUCAUUGUAAUUUAUGUUCAAAAUCAUUUAUUACUGCACAAGAUUUAGCUAUACAUAAAAGAUCAAGUCAUGAUCCAGAUAAAAAACACAAGUGUGAGGUUUGUGGAAGAGAAUUUAAUCGUUUGAAUAAUCUACAUCGGCAUUUGUUGGUCCAUGAACAGCCGGGAAAUGGAAAACAACCGGUUGAGACUAAUAGUAAAAAAGAAACACCAGAUGAAAUUUUAUCAUGUGAUGUUUGUGGAAUAACAUAUAAAUUCAUGAGUUCAUUGACAAGACAUAUGGUUACAUCACAUGUUAAUCCAGAGAGAAUGCGUCAACAAGCUGAAGAACAAAGAAGAAAACGUGAAAGUAAUUAUAAACGUUAUUUGGAAAAUCGUAAAAUGUAUGAAACUCAACAUGCACCUGUUUAUGGUAAACGUGCAUUUAGAACAAUGAGUGAAUUUGAAGAUGAUGAUGAUGAAGAUUAUGAAAUGGCCUGAAAAUUAAUUAAUGAUUCGUCGAUUGAUUCAUCAUCAUCAUCAUCCUCAUCAUCACCAAUAUCGACGUAUCAAAAAAAACGUAAAUUACAUGCACGUUUAUUAAAAUCCAAAUAUGUCAAAUCCUAUCGGCGUUAAUGCAUUUAAUUUAUAAUAUUAAUAAUUAUUAGAAAAAAACAUAUAAAUAAACAUUAAAUGCACAAAUUUAAAUCAUUUUUAAAUAUUAUUAUUAUAUUAAUCAUUUACAAAUAUAAUUAUACUAUUCAUUUCGAAUUUAAAAAAUAAUUUGUACACAUUUUUCUAAAAAUGUUUAUUUUAAUUUUGACAGAUUUUUUUUUUUCAUUCUCAAUUCCAAUAUUUAAAUAAUCUCAUUAGUUUUAGAUAAUAUCUAAUAAAUAUUAUAUAGAUAAUAAAGGCUCCUUUUUUUUAUAUAUAUAAAUAAUUAAAUUUGGAUUUGUCAGUAUUUUUUAAAAAAUAUAAAAAAAAAAAGAAAUGACGAAAAAUUCAAAUUUGUUUUUCUUUGAUAAAUUAACGUAAGAAGAAAAUAAAAAAUUAAAAUUGUGUGUAUUUUAGUUGUAAAAUAUUAUUCGAAUAUUAGAUUUUAAAUAUUGAUGAUGAUGAUGAUAAUAUAAAUUGUGCAGUAUGAUAAUAAAUAAUGGAUAAUAUAAAUGGUUUAAUAAAAAAAAAAAAAAGAAAAUAG